GGCAGUCCUAAUUUCAGCGCUGAUUCCCGUCAACCUCGACACAGGUCUUUCGAGUAAGACCCGUCCAUUUUCAUUUCAGCGUUCAUUCUAGCCUAUUUCGACAAAUCGAUUUCAGCCACUUUCGACAGUGCCAAAUCCAGCCCAUUUCGACUGCACGCCGGCGCAUAUCAACAGAGGCCGUUAAGACACUUGACUGCACUCUUUGAGGAAAAACCAGCCAAUCUCCAGCGGUCAACCAGCCAAUUCCACAGAGUUCUUUCCAACACUGACUCCAGCCAAUCGCGACAAAGUUCUUUUAGCAAUUCGACAGAAGUUCUCGAUUUGUCACAUGUCUCUCCAGCAACACCAGCCAAUCUCACAUACAGCGUUCAUUCCAGCCAAUCUCAAAUACAGUGUUCAUUCCAGCCAAUCUCACAUACAGCGUUCAUUCCAGCCAAUCUCACAUACAGCGUUCAUUCCAGCCAAUCUGAAAUACAGUGUUCAUUCCAGCCAAUCUGAAAUACGUUCAUUCCAGCCAAUCUCAAAUACGUUCAUUCCAGCCAAUCUCAAAUACAGCGUUCAUUCCAGCCUAUUCGACAAAUCUGAUUCCGCCAACUUCGACAGAGUUUGUCCACCAAUCUCACAUACAGCGUUCAUUCCAGCCAACAUCGACAAAUCUGAUCCAGCCAAUUUCGACAGUUCUCUUUCCAGCGCUGAUUCCAGCCAACGUCGGCAAAUCGGGUUCCGCCAGCUUCAACAGAACUCGCCCCACAACCAACCCGGCCAGCCCCCAACGCCAAACCAAAACCACCGCCGCGGCCGCCACAAAAGAGCCGCGUGCCCCGGUUUCCCCGAUUUCCAAGUGCCGCCGCAGCGCCCGCGCCUCGCAAAUUAGCACUUGGCCCGCUCCUGGACCUGGCCCUCCCGCGCCACCUUUUCCAUGCCCCGGCGGGCCAACUCCUCGUCGAGGUAGUAGUAGUCCCCGAGCAAGCGGCCGCGGUCGU